AAAGAACGGAAUCGCGUGUGCGACAGAGCAGGUCGUCCUCUUUUAAACAUUGCCACCGUUCCUGCUAGUUACAAUUAUUAGUUUCGAACUAAGCGGGCCUUUUCCAAAAACUCCAAUUAAUUUGAGUCAAGUAAGGAGCUGUGGCAGCCAAGUAGUCGCACUCUCAUGAAGUUGUUUUUCCUGCUCGUCCUGCUCCUGCUCAGCCAGGCGCUGCCGCCCAGUUCCAGCUCGGCGGUGCUCAUCUCGGAUAUGACUAUGACAGUGAUGGUAGAGCUUUCCUCGCGGCACCCGUUCUGUAAAAUGCACACGGAUCGCGGAGACAUCCAACGCAUGCUGCUGCAAUCAGACCCACGUCGUAUACGCCAGGUGCCGCGUGAGUCCGUCAUGGAGCUGGAGGAGGUUUGUCGGAGACAGGGCUCCUAUGGCCACGAGUUUCGCGGCGGCCUCGGCUUCAUUUAUCCGGGAACCAAGUGGUGCGGACCCGGCACUGCUGCUACCAGCUAUGAUGACUUAGGCGUGCACGUGCGCGAGGACCGAUGCUGCCGCGAACACGACAUGUGCCCCGACGUCCUCAACGUAGGCGAGUGCCGACGCGGGCUCUGCAAUCGUGGCACUUUUACGAGGUCCCACUGCGACUGCGACGCCCGCUUCCGCCGCUGCCUGCAAGCCGCCAACACAGAGACGGCCAACACCCUAGGUGCCAUAUUUUACAACGUUGUGCAGGUUACAUGCUUCCAGGAACGCAGCCCCUGCUCUGCGCAUCAGAGGGUUGGCUACAAUCAAACGGAGCAGGACAUCAUUUGCGCUCAGUGGCAGUACCAGCCGUCGGAGAAGUACGUGCCCAGCCAGCCUCGUACUUCUGCAUAGACAAUACGAGUGACGGGAAACAAUGGAGCGACCAAAACGGCUACAACACACAAUCUUAGGAAAGUAACACUGAUGAGCAAUCUACCUGGAACCGCGGGAACUAAAGCAAUUGCAACGAAGCCAAAGAUUCAUAGACGACGACGCCUGACAAAUGAAUUAUCUAUUUUCAUAUAUGUACAUAAAGCAAUAUAUAUAUUACAUAAAUACAUACAUACAAAUAUAUACCUACUUACAGACACAAAUA